AUGAGGGCUGCAGAUGUGGGGGACCAGCAGGAGGAAGGCUGCGUGUGCCCGCCCAUCACCACAGGCACUGUCCGAGCUCUGCCCUGGGCCCUGCUGAUCCUCAUGGCUACUGGUAAGGGGGCUCCACUGAGCCUUGUGGUCGGAAGUAGAUGGCGGCUUGCAAAGCCCGGACGGGCCAAGCCCCUGCCCCGGAGGGCACGUGAGGAGCAGAGGCCAAGUGCGUUCACGGAGCUGCGGCGGCCCAAGGAGAGGCUGGGGGGCAGUCAGGCCGUGGAGAGGGAGCACGGAGGGCCUGCGGGCCGGCCAGACCCCCAGCAGCUGCCCCAGGACGUCCGCAGGGACCCAGCAGGCAGCACGGUCUUUUCUGUGUGGAGUGGCGGGGGGGGGGGGGGGGAGAGAAGCGCCUUCAGCAAACCAGCCAAGCGACUGGCGGAGAGGCCUGGGCUGAGCCCCACCUUCCAGGCGAGUGAGUCUGCAGAGGCCCUGCGGGGCCUGUCAGGGCUCAUCAGCUCUGCAGACCUCCCCUGUUGGGGGCGACUUUCGAAUUGCAAGCUGUCCGCGGCUGAUUUCUGGAAUGUGCGGAUGCUGCCUCAGAACGCUCUGCCCUGUGCUGCCUUCCGGGGUGCCCCCACGCUGUGGCUGGAGUGUGCCGAGGCCCAGCUGUCCUCCCCUUUGUCAUCGCCCACCACCUCGUGGGCCCUCCUGCCUCCCACGCUGUCCUCCCUGGGCUUGCCCACCCAGAACUGGUGCGCCAAGUGCAGCCUCUCCUUCCGCCUGACGUCCGACCUGGUCUUCCACAUGCGGUCCCACCACAAGAAGGAGCAGGUGGGGCCGGACCCGCGCUCAAAGAAGAUGAGAGAGGAGGCCCUCAGCUGCCCGGUUUGCCACGAGUAUUUCCGGGAGCGCCACCACCUCUCCCGGCACAUGAGCUCUCACAGCUAAUAGGUG